AUGACCUCCACAGUGCGAGCUCACAUUGCUGGUUCCUUUGUGACGGUCACCGUCACAUGCGUGGCUUCCACUGUGCUAGCUCAAUUACCUGCUCUGAGGUCUGCCAGCGGCUACUCUAAGCUUGUCGUAGGCCUUGACGUCGAGUGGCUCUCUUCCGACCGUAAUGGCAAGGCCGCACUGCUCCAGCUCUGCAGUGGCACUCAGUGUCUCAUCGUUCAGCUGCAUCACUUGGACUACGUUCCAGUAUCGUUGGCGAGCUUCCUUGCAGACCCAACAGUGGAUUUCGUUGGAGUUGGCAUCACCUCAGAUGCUCAGAAGCUUAGGGAGGACUACGGCUGGGGAGUUCAUAACGUGGUGGAGCUUGCUCCUCUUGCUGCAAAGAAGAAUGGUCCGAAUGCCGGACAGAGUCUGGUGGAUCUCUCUCGUUCUGUUGUGGGGAUAUCUAUCGAUAAGCCUGCAAGUGUGACUUGCAGUGACUGGACUGCAAAGCAUCUGAGCCAUGAUCAGAUUGUUUAUGUUGCUACUGAUGCUUAUGUUUCCUAUCUCAUUGGUGAGAAGCUGUUGGCCAACUAG